AUGUGUUGUAACUACAGCAACUCCUGUGGCUAUGGCUGCGGAUAUGGCUAUGGUUGUGGAUGCGGUCCCUAUUAUGGCUGUGGUUAUGGCCUGCGUUAUGGCUGUGGCUAUGGCUCCUGCUGUGGCUAUGGCACCGGAUAUGGCUGUGGCUAUGGCUAUGGCUCCAACUGCUGUGGCUACCGGCCAUUUUUCUAUAGAAGAUGUUAUUCCUCUUGCUGGUAG